AUGUUCUCUCAACGCAGCAUCCUUCGUCUUUCCCAGCAGGUGCGUUCCGCUCCGGUUCGCUCUGCCGUUCAGCGCCGUUUCAACAGCACCGAGCCCAAGCUUCCUUGGAUUGUCGACAACGCAUUCAACCGCGAGCGGGCUGCUGUCAAGCAUCACGCUGCUUCCACCAGUGAUCUCUGGCGCAAGCUCUCCGUCUAUGCCGUCGCUCCUUGCCUGAUCCUCGCCGGUCUGAACGCCUACAACCUCUGGGAGGAGCAUUGGGAGCACUGGGAGCACAUGGCUCCUCUUGAGGAGCGUGUCGAGUAUCCCUACCAGAACAUCCGCUCCAAGAACUUCCCUUGGGGCGAUGGUGACAAGGUCAGUUUUUGCUGGAACUCGAGCGUCAACUACCACAACAAGGACAAGGCUACCUAA